AUGAGAGAGAGAGAGAGCGAGAGAGCAUGUGAGGGGGGAAACACUGAGCGAGGUAGACUUAGGUUGUUUCAAUGGGGUACAAAGGAUCCUAGGGUUUGGAAUCGGGAAGAAUAUUAUCGCCUGGAAAAAGAAUCUUUUUAUGUAUUUGUUGAUAAUUUACCGGAAGAUAUUUCAAAGAAGGAAUUAUACCACUUGUUUGGGUGGACGGGCAAAACCAUUGACAUAUACCUCUCACGGAAACGUAAACAGGGAUUGGUUUAUCUUUUUGCUUUUGUACGAUAUACGACGAAAGGGGCCGCUCUGAAAGCGAUCACGGAGAUGAAUCAUAUGAGGUUACGAGGGAAGUUAUUGUCUAUUAGUGAAGCAAAAUUUAGAAGACACUUACAAGAGCGGGAACGAUGGGUGCAUGUGGAUCAGAGGGUUUUAUACGAGGGAAGGCAUAAGGGAGCUGAUAGUGGAAGCAAGGGAGAGCCUAAGGAAUCUGAUAGUGGAAAAGAAGGAGUUAUUGCACAAGAGAGUGAGGUGAACAAGGAUGAUGCGCAAGAAGCUGACCAUAGUAGGAAGAAGAGGGUUGACACUGCAGUAGCGCAAGCGAACUUGGAGUGGUUAGGGAGGAGCGUAGUAGGUAGCACUUUAAAAUCGUUUGACAUCCAAUCGUUGAAAAGAUCUAUUUGCAAGAUUGUGCCUUAG